CGCUGUGUUGGAACGUCAUUUCACUUCUUAAAGGCGCAGAAGAAGAGCCAUCAGCAAACAUGGCGGCGCGCACACGGCUGUCCUUGCUUUUCACCAAAAACUUACCUCGUUUGACAAACCAAAAGCUUGCCCACACUGAAGCGGCUGUGAAAGAGCCCGUGUACCCUCCUGUGGUCGCGUCCCUCACGGCCAAAAGUAAAUCUGCAGAAAGACGACGAGAAGAGGAGAGAAUCCAGAGGAAAUGUGCAGCGAGCGUGGAGGACAAGAUAUCACUGAUCACAUCCCUCCAGCGGAUGAAAUAUGUAGUUUAUCCACAAACUUUUGCCCGCGGUGCUGACAGAUGGUACCAGCACUAUACAAAAACAGCGUACAUCUCAGGUUUGCCCGACAAGUUCAACACAAUCCAGGAGAAUCCGGAGAAAACGCCUCCAGCCGCUGCUUCCAUCCCCGGGACAGACGACGAGGCCCUCACCGAAAUCCGAGCUCUUAUCUCCCGUGUGAUUCUGCAGGAGCACUGGUGGCACAUCAGGAAACGCCGUCCGUUCCUUUACAGACAUCAAGAGCUCGUUAUUGGCCCUUUGCUUAGAAAUCUAGUGUCUGUGCUCACCCACAACCUGGCCAAAUACAACCCCCUGCUCCUCCAGUCCAGUCUAGACCUAAAUCCACAAGUGAGCUUCUACUGGAGAAGAGGAGAGCGGAUCAUCCCUAAAGGACAUCGGAAAGGAAGAGUAGAGCCACGCAGAUUCCAGAUUGAUGACCAUCCUCAUAGUCAGAUCAGAAUAACACAACAACUGCCGCAGUUUGCCCCGAUGGAGGACUCGUACGAACUGGAAGUACCAGAGAUAACCUACGCUCCUGACAUGCUGCCUAUGUUCAAAAGGCAGUAUGAAAACCACAUAUACACAGGUGCCAAGCUCCCUGAUCCCGCCCGCUACGGUCACACACAGUUCCACCUGGUGCCUGACUGUUACCAUAGAGAACGGAUGAACCGCCAACAACAGUCGGACCAGAUUGAAGUGUUUCUCCGCGCUAAUGCUAUGGCUAGUCUUUUUGCAUGGACAGGGGCUCAGGCCAUGUAUCAAGGGUUUUGGAGCCAUCAGGACGUGACCCGCCCCUUUGUGUCCCAGGCCGUGAUCACAGACGGAAAGUUCUUCUCGUUUUUCUGUUACCAGCUCAACACGGCGGCUUUAUCUGUGCAGACCGACGUGGACAACCCCCGAAAGAACGUGCUCUGGGGAACCGAGAGCCUGCCCCUGUACGACGACAUACAGGACGGAGAGGUGGUCGGCUUGAACGAUGACGUCGUCAAACUCCUGGUGCAGUUUCUGAUGAACCGACCGUAGCAGCAGUGUCAGUUUUUAAAAAUGAAAUGAAAUUCUAUAAACUGAAAGUGAGGAAAAAACCGAAACAGCUGAACACCUGCACUUACUGUACUUAUUGUAUUAUGUCAAGAAUAAAUGUAAAUCUAAGGUU